AUGGUGAACCUAUCCGUCUUGCGGCCAGUUCUGGCCACCAACCUCUGCUCAUCCCGCGCUUCCGGGCGGCUCGUCCCUCGCUCGUGGCCGGUCGGUCUAGAAGUCGCACCGGCUACUCUGGCUUUUGAAGGCCAGCGCAAGUGGAAUUGCACACAUGCGCGAGCUCGCCAGACGACGGCCCUUGUUCCGGCCGUCUCGAGGCCUCUUCAGCUCGUUCGCCAUGCUUCCGUAGUCUCCGGACCUGUCACCACCGCGCCCUACUCCACGGUUGUGGAGCCCCCGUCUGUCCCGUACGCCAACCUUGCUGUUGGCGUCCCCAAGGAGAUCUAUCUCAAUGAGCGUCGCGUCGCGUUAACACCCCAGAAUGUAGCUUUGCUGCUCAAAAAGGGCUUCUCCAAAGUCCUUGUAGAGCAAGGCGCCGGAGCCGCGGCCGACUUCCCUGACGCCGCCUACGAAACCGCCGGCGCAACGCUUGUUGACAGCGCCGAGAAAGUCUGGUCCGGCUCCGAUAUUGUUCUCAAGGUCCGCGGGCCAAUUCCCGCCGAGAUCGAGCUCAUGAAAGAGAAGCAGACCGUCAUCUCCUUUCUGCAGCCUGCGCAAAACAAGCCACUCGUAGAGAAGCUCGCGGCGCAGAAGGCCACCUCUUUUGCCAUGGACCAAAUUCCCCGGAUUUCACGUGCCCAGGUCUUUGACGCUCUUAGCUCCAUGGCCAACAUUGCUGGAUACAAGGCUGUUCUUGAGGCUUCCAACAAUUUUGGUCGCUUCUUGACCGGCCAGGUUACCGCCGCCGGCAAGGUUCCUCCUUGCAAAGUACUUGUCAUUGGCGCUGGUGUUGCUGGACUGAGCGCAAUCGCAACCGCUAGGAGACUCGGCGCGAUCGUGCGAGGCUUCGAUACACGUCCCGCGGCUCGAGAGCAGGUUCAGUCGCUAGGCGCCGAGUUCAUCGAGGUCGACAUCAAGGAGGACGGCUCCGGAGCUGGCGGAUACGCCAAGGAGAUGUCCAAGGAGUUCAUCGAAGCCGAGAUGAAGCUGUUCACUGAACAAGCCCGCGAGGUCGACAUCAUCAUUACCACUGCCCUGAUCCCUGGAAAGCCGGCGCCUAAGCUCAUUACGAAGUCAAUGCUCGAGAUCAUGAAGCCCGGCUCGGUCGUCGUCGACUUGGCAGCUGAGGCAGGCGGAAACUGCGAGAAGACCAAGCCUGGAGAGCUCUAUGUUUACAAGGACGUCAAGAUCAUUGGUUACACAGACUUGCCUUCGCGACUGCCCACGCAAUCAUCAACCCUGUACUCCAAUAACAUAACCAAGUUUCUACUGUCCAUAGCUCCAAAGGAGAAGCAGUUCGGAAUCGACCUGUCUGAUGAGGUUGUCCGAGGAGCGAUCGUCACUCAAAAUGGAGACAUCAUCCCACCAGCUCCUCGCAAGGCUCCUCCUCCAGCUCCAGCUCCGCCUCCGACUCCUACCGCUGCCGCCGAAGCUGAAGUCGUCGCUUUGACACCAUUUCAGAAGACUUCCCGCGAAGUUGCGACCGUCACCGCUGGUAUGGGAACUGCGCUUGCAGUGGGAACGGUGACCGGACCUCUCUUCAUGACAUUCUCUCUCGCUUCCCUCAUCGGAUACAGAGUCGUGUGGAACGUUUCGCCCUCGUUACACUCGCCAUUAAUGUCCGUGACGAAUGCGAUUUCUGGAAUGGUUGGAAUUGGCGGCCUAUUCAUUCUAGGUGGUGGCUAUGUUCCUCAGACGAUCCCUCAAGUUCUCGGCGCCCUCUCUGUUCUCCUCGCCUUCGUAAAUGUAUCUGGCGGUUUCGUCAUCACGAAGCGAAUGUUGGACAUGUUCAAGCGACCGACUGACCCACCGGAAUACCCAUGGCUUUAUGCCAUCCCCGCGGCCUUGUGCGGCGGAGGAUAUAUUGCUGCAGCGGCCACUGGGGCUAGUUUUUUAGUUCAGGCUGGGUAUGCUGUCAGCUCUGUCCUCUGUAUUAGUUCCCUCUCCAGCUUGGCAUCUCAGUCCACAGCUCGCAUGGGUAACAUGCUGGGCAUGCUCGGAGUUGGCUCCGGUGUGCUGGCCUCUCUUCUGGCUGUUGGCUUCUCUCCUGAGGUUCUAACUCAGUUUGGUGCUCUGGCGGCUCUUGGAGGUAUUGUCGGUCUUCUUAUCGGCAAGCGGAUCACUCCUACGGACCUUCCUCAGACCGUUGCCGCCCUCCACUCCGUGGUUGGUCUGGCAGCUGUAUUGACUUCUAUCGGAAGUGUUAUGGCGCAUAUUGACGACAUUUCAACGCUCCAUAUGGUUACUGGCUACUUGGGAGUCCUCAUAGGUGGUAUUACCUUCACUGGAUCCAUUGUCGCAUUCCUCAAGCUAGCCGGCAGGAUGUCUUCAAAGCCGCUCAUGCUACCCGGAAGACAUGUCUUAAACUCUGGCAUGCUCACAGCUAACAUUGCUACCAUGGGUGCCUUUGUGACGAUGGCGCCCGGCUCACCCAUGAUUGCUGCCGCAGCUCUGUCAGCAAACACCAUCCUGUCUUUCAUCAAGGGCUAUACCACAACAGCUGCGAUUGGAGGAGCAGAUAUGCCUGUCGUCAUCACAGUGCUGAACGCGUACUCUGGCUUCGCUCUUGUGGCAGAAGGAUUCAUGCUAGAUAACCCGCUUCUAACUACAGUAGGAGCCCUCAUCGGCGUAUCUGGUUCCAUUCUAUCGUACAUUAUGUGCGUGGCGAUGAAUCGAUCGCUGACAAACGUCUUAUUUGGUGGUAUAUCGGCACCGCAGCAAUCGGACUACAAGAUAGAGGGGGCGAUAACGCAAACAAACGUGGAAGACACGGCUGAAGCUCUCGUCAACGCCGAAAAUGUGAUCAUAGUAGUGGGCUACGGUAUGGCUGUGGCCAAGGCGCAGUACGCCAUCAGCGAAAUCACGAGCAUGCUGCGAGCAAAGAACAUCAACGUCCGCUUCGCCAUUCACCCGGUGGCUGGUCGCAUGCCCGGUCAGUGCAACGUCCUGCUCGCAGAGGCGAGCGUGCCCUACGACAUCGUCUUGGAGAUGGACGAGAUCAAUGAUGACUUCAACGACACUGACGUAACGCUGGUUAUUGGUGCCAACGAUACCGUCAACCCCAUCGCCUUGGAGCCUGGUAGCCCCAUUGCCGGUAUGCCCGUGCUGCAAGCGUGGAAGAGCAAGCAAGUCAUCGUAAUGAAACGAGGCAUGGCUAGCGGAUACGCCGAUGUACCCAAUCCAAUGUUCUACAUGCCUGGAACACGCAUGUUGUUUGGAGAUGCUAAAGUUACUUGCGACGCAAUCAAAGCAGCUGUCGAGGCCCGAGCAUAG